UCCAACACUUUAACACUCAAACAACACUUGAAUACGGUUUAUAUGAAUUAAUUUGUAACACAGUUUGCGGACAUUUGUUGUUUGCAUUUAUAUACCGAUUGGCAAAUAAAAAACCCCGGAUUUGAUUGUUUGAAUGUAUCGGUAAAUUUUGGCCAAUUUUUCGGGCGGGUGACCAAACAUUAUGUCCAACAAUACGCUAUCGGUGGACGACCUGAACACCGAUUUCCUGCCACUCAUCUACGAUAUUAUCCGAAGUUAUGAGCGCGACGCUCACGACGUGUCCAGUUUGGGUCAGAAGACACUUGCCAUUGCUAAUCGCGAACCGCAACAAUCGUCUACCGGGUCGGCGGCCAACGACGCCAAUCAAAAACUACAGCAAUUGAAGGACCGGUUCAGCCAAUUUCGCCAACAGGUCACCCAAAUUAACGGCAUCGGUGUUACCCAAGAGGAACAGCUGAACUCAUUGGACGCAUUGCGGCAACAGUUGUCUAUGAAAAGAGAUUUACUAAUCAAAUACAAGAACUCGUGUCCGUUUGAUUCAAAUCAUAAGAUCUAAGAGAGAGAAACACAAAAAAGAGUUGUUGUUUUACAAGAAUCAGUUGUUUUUUG